AGUCACCGGCGCUCGGGGAAGUCAGUCUCGGGAGGGAGGGAACGUACCACAAAGAAGUUGUGUGUGUUCCUCCUUAGGGAACCAGCGAAGAGCCCCCUGCUGGUGUGCGAUCAAUGGAAAAAUCAUGUCCUCCUCCAGACUGGGGUCCCGUUUGGCUGUCUGCUUACUAAACAUUUCAGAAGCCAGAAGAAAAUACAUUGUUGAGAACAUAGCAAAAGCAGCUCUUGAAAAAAAUGGGCAGAAACAUCCUGAAGCAUCAGUGCUCAAUAUAUUUUCUGAUCAAGACUACAACAGAUCAGUUAUUACAAUUGCAGCUUCUGUUGAUAAGUUGGGCAGUUGUGUUCUGGCUGCCUGUUUGGAGGCCUUCCGAGCCAUAGACAUGGAGGUUCAAGAGGGAGUCCACCCUUGCCUGGGAGCAGUGGACCUGAUCCCCAUUUACCCUCUCUCUGGUGUUGGAGUGGACGAGUGUGGAGCUGUAGCCAGAAGCCUCGCUAAGGACCUGGUCCUGCACGUUCCUGGCUGCAGUGUGUUUCUCUUUGGUGAAGCAGACCUGCCUAAGAAGCGCAGUCUUGUUCAGAGAAGGAAGCAGCUGGGCUGGUUCACAAGGAGGGAUUUCAGUGCUCUUGAGCCUGACCUGGGAGCUGCACCUGCCCGAAGAUGUGGUCUAACAGGUGUUGGUGCCAGCCCAUAUGUGAUGAACUGCAAUGUUACAAUAGAUUCUCAAGACUUGUCUGUGGGAAGAGAGAUAGCUCAUGCCAUUCGAGGAUCCAGUGCACAUGGAUUGAAGGGUGUCCAAGCAAUGGCUUUUCCCCAUGAAGGGAAAAUUGAGAUAGCUUGCAACGUAGAGAGUUUUGAAAACCAAAAAACUACAGACACCUCAGAAGGCUCUCAAUAUGUGACUUAUAGUGUUCUUGGGGACCGUUUUUCUUAUGUGUCUCCACAUUACAUCGAAGCUCAAGUUAAAAAGUUGGCAAGUAAUCAGGGAAUUGGUACCAUAGGAAGAGCGCUAGUUGGAUUUACACCCCCGGAGUGCAAGAACUGUGCUGAAUACGCUAUAAAGGAAAAUAUUGGGGAAUUCUGGAAGAUUCGGGAAGGUGUUUUCAUGUGAUCAAUCUAAGGCUUCACUGAAAUUUUAAAGAAAAUUAUCAAUCAUUGCAAAAUUUACUUUUGAUCAAUGAAGAUCAGAGGAAGAUACAAAGAACUUGGUUGCAUCUGCGUAUUGAAAAAUUGGAAGCAUUAUUUCCUCAACAACAAUAACAAAUGCUUGUAGAUCAUCCAUAAUCACCUGUGAUGUUUCUAGUCACCAUCAAAACUUUGUGAGAGCCUGCUCUGUGUCAAGUACAUUAGAUGCCAUUUUUUUUUAAAUUUUUUAUUGUUGGUUGUUCAAAACAUUACAAAUUUCUUGACAUAUCAUAUUCCACACUUUGAUUCAAGUGGGUUAUGAACUCCCACCUUCACCCCAUACACAGAUUGCAGAAUCACAUCAGUUACACAUCCAUUGAUUUACAUAUUGCCAUACUAGUGUCUGUUGUGCGCUGCCUUUCCCAUCCUCCACCCUCCCCCCUCCCCACCU